AUGUGUGAUUCUACCUCACGCAGCGGCCGUCCUAAGCGCAGUUGUACGCGGGGAAAGACGUACGUUGACCCGGCGGACGCGGAGGAGGCGCACGAAGAGCGGCGUCUGACGGCCAACCUGAAGGAGCGGCACCGCGUGCAGGUCGUCAACCGCGCGUACGCCAACCUCAUGGGGAAACUGCCGCCGCCCCUCAUGCACGCCAUGUUCAAAGGUAAAAAGAUGGUGACGAAAGUUGACAUCCUGAAUGCGGCCGGACACUACAUCCACAACCUCCAGGUCAUCAUGGCCAGAUUACACCAGGUCCCAGAGGGCGGGGGUGAAAGUUCAGACCCCCAGAGUGACUCCAGCCCGGGCGCCAGUGACCAGUCACCUCCCUCGGGCGAUGAGAGCCUUCUGAGCGUGUUUGAGAACCUGAACAAGGCUGGGGACAAGGAGGGCGCUGAGAACGAUGGAGACUUAGCAACGCCCGAAUAG